CUUUGUUCUGAUGGACACAGGUACUGGAACUGCAGGCUCAGCAUGGUGACCUGGAGACUGCACCUCUACUGGGUGACCCCUGGCCAACUUCACAGUUCCUCUCUCACCUUCUGAGUUACCUCCAAAAGGAGCCACAAACAUCCUUCUUUGCUGAGUACCUCAACCUCACCAACUUGGCCUAUCUCCUCCCUGGUCAUGAUGAAAACCUGGACCCUCUGAAGUACACAGCAUUUAUACCCAUGGAUAACGUCAUAGCUGAGACCCUGUAUGCUGAUGCUCCAGAUCCAUUCCUGCUGGAUGAGAUCCUAAGAGAAAACAUGGUACUCAAUCAUCUAGUACGAGGCAGAUUUUACGAGAAAGAUUUGAAAGACGGACUUACCUUGAAGACUCUUGCCAACAAUACACUUACCAUUUCUAAAGGACCAGAUAACAGUAUACUGGUGAAUAAUGCAAAAGUGGUUGGAUCGCAGGCAUUCAUUUACAACUUGGGUAUUGUGUAUCUCAUUGACAAUGUUUUAGUCAUCACUGAUCAGGACAUUGUCAAGGCCAUCAACAAAUUCCCAGAUCUUCAUCUCGGAGGACCAACUGAGGAAAGUGACAUUGUAGGAUCAUCAAACCCACUUGAAGAUGAUGAAAGUGCCAUACCAUCUCGUCCUGCAGCACCUCAGACUACAACCAGUCGUCCAGCAACCACUCAGGCCCCCACUACAUCUCUCACACCCGCUGUAACUCACACACUACCAUCUCUGCGUACUUCUACCUCCAGCGUAACACCUACCGCUACCACCCGCUUUUUCAACAUUCCUAAAAGACCCACCUUUACUGCUUCUCCACCCACCACAAGCAGCCGACCAAAGCCCACCCCUACAACCCCAAGGAUCCGAUUUGAAACUCGCACAGAAAUCAGUAUAACCCGACAAGUCAAUGAUGGUGAAGUCGAACCCAUAGGAAAUCCCUCAAGUUGAUUAGACUUAGUAAGUAAAUGAAAUGUGAUGCUUUUUACUAUGAGCAAAAAUUUCAAGAAUCUUAGAACUUUAUAUAUAUAUAUAUAUAUACACACAGUAUAUAAUAAGACUUGUGUGCAAGUUGUAUACGAAAUUUGGAUUCUGAAUAUUUUUACCUUUUAUAUUUGAAACUCAGGCAAUAAUUUUAUAUCCUUAUAUAUUUUGUUUUUUAUCUAAAGGAAAAGUGCAAAUCACAGACUGGCUGUGGCACAUGCAACAUUGAUGUGUGAAGAUGAAGAGUUACCGUUUUGACAGACUGGUGACGUUGAACAUUUAUGAUGAAAGAACACAAGAAUAUAAACGAGCUUCUACCAGUGCAUAACUGGGUACAAAGCUGAAACAAAAUUACGGGUCACUUAGAGGGCAAAUUUAUUUUAAUAUACAUAAGCUGCUGCAGCUCGAAUAUCUUGCAGCCUAAUGUAAAUGGUUAGCAAGAUACUAAAACAUCCUACUGUAAACAGAAAAUGGCCUGCUGGAUAUUUUGAUAUCUAAAUAUUUAAUUUUGGUUUAAAUGCCAUGGUUACUGAAUGGCAACAGAAAAUCAUCAGUGCUGACUCGGUGCUUAUUUAUAGUUUGAUCUGCAAUCUUCUAACAGAUAAAAGCUUGAGGGACAGCAAGUAUUAAGUGGGAGGAGGGGGGGGGGGUCAGAGGUAGUGAUAUUGUGAAAUACUAAGGCAGGAUACAAUGUUGUGUAAGUCUCAGCAGUGGAAAGGAAGAGACGGUGCAAGUGGUGUAAAAGAAAUCUGUUAAUACACUGACUGUCAUUCAUAAUACACUAUGCAUGUAUGUAAUUCAGAAAUGUUUUGCAUUAGUAUAUCAGUUAUUUUUUAUAUACUAUACCAGUAAUUAUUAUUCAUGGGUAAGAAUAGUCCAGAUACCCGAGCUCAUUUCUGAGUACAGUAUUUUGAAAUACAUGUCAUUGACUUAUGGAAACAGUUUCCUGUUACAAUUUUGCUGAUGUAUUACAUUUACUAUUAAAACCUUCUUCAUAACUUGAGUUUUCAAAGAAAGCAAAAGGGUUAGUAACCCUAAUUGAACAAAAUUACAUGUAUAAUGUUUUAAUCUUGCAUGUUAAAUUACCAAUUACUGUAGAUCAUUUAUUAUCUGGCACCUUCAUAAAGGCAUCAGAUUUUCAGAAAUUGGAUAUUAACAUCAUAUUUUAUGAUCCCUAUUGUUUAAGUGAUCCCUUUUCACAUUAUCUCUCUAGGGGUUUUGUACACACAAGGUCUCCAAAUAAAGUUAGACACUGAAUAGGUAUCGUCAAACGAUCUACUGUGUAUUGCAAAAUAUAAUCCUGUAAUGAAGUUCUUGUUGCAUCUAGAACAGUUAAAAUUUCUACUAGAUUUUAACACAUUUAAAUGAAGGCUUAUUCAUUUGAGAGCAAUGAAAAAUCCAAGAUGUUUAAAAAUUAUAAUAUUAUCCUAAUAGCAAGCUGGUACUUCUUAGUGUUUUCCUAAUGGGAGUUGGGAUCUCACCAGUGUAUCCGUAUUAUUAUUAUUAUACUCAUGAAAAUCCCUAAGGAUCAUUUAACAUUUUGUUGAAUCUACAUCAACUUAAUUUUUUUUGUUUUUGUCUAUUCAUCUAGCUUAGUAUUGUAUAGUUAUUUUACAUUCCUCUUCUGUUAUCUUCUACCAUAUGCAAACUGUUGAAUCUUUCCAAAUUAAUAUUUUUCACUAAUAGGAAUUCCAAAUUCAUAAAUACAGUAACUGAUAGCUUCUAGUGUUCCUAUUUUUACAAUGCUAAGAGAAAAUUACAAGCAUCUAUGCCCUUAAGUUAGUAAAGUCUUUUGUAAGGAACAUCCUUCACUUAUAGGUUAGCCAAGUCUUUUAACUUCUAAGUUAGCUAAGUCUUCCGUAAGAAAAGCACUGCACGCCUAGGUAUAGGGCUAACUCCUUGGUUAGCCAAAUCUUCUAUAAAAAAUACUGCAUUCUUAGGAUGAAGAAAAAUACUGUACAAAGGAGCACAGCUUCUGGUUAGAGUUUUUGUACUUGAGGAUUAUUACAUUGCUAUAUUUGCAAAAAAAAAAAAAAAAAAUGCUAAACCCUUAUGUCUAAGAAAAAUUAUUGUAAAAUUCUGUGCUGCUGUAGUUUUUUCACAGAAAGGCAAGUUAAUGGUCUGGGUAGAUUCUACACUGCACUACCUCUUGAAGAAAUGGAAAUUCCUGUAUGAAGUAUUAUUAUUGUGUUAAUAUAAUGGUCUCACAGCACUGCACAGCAGAGAUGAGAGAUCAUGGGAAGGGGUGAGGGGGUCACAGGAGGAUAUUCACCGAAAAGAAUGGAGAUUACGGUCAAUGAAGGAAAUUGGUGUCAGUUAAGAAAUCAAAGAAUCUGCAUCAAAGCUGAAAUUAUGGGCCAGGAGGGAAGACAAAGCAUGUAUGGGUGUCCUAGAAGUGAUAAACAUACUGAAACAUAUCAUAGGUAUCAGUGAGCAUCAAAUCUGGUUGUGUUUUCCCAUGAAUAUAAUAAUGAGCAAAUACAGACCAUCACUUAAGAUGCCAUAAUAGCAGCUGUUCUGGCCUUUGUACAUCACAUUUGACAUCACUGAGCAUUAACUACAUUAUUAUUGUAUUCAUGAGGAAGCACUAAACUCUUAGGGUCAAUCAGCACCUAGGGAAUCUGAGAAAAAUCAGGUUUAGUCUGAAAAAGGGGAAGAUAGCUGUAAUUCCUUGAAUGAAGAGCCCUUCACCAGCAUGACGAUACCCCUUCUCCCCAUUUCUUGAAGGAGUAUCCACUAACUUCAUUUAUGAAACUUGACAUGCUGAACAAGUGAAAGCUAAGAAUGUUGAUAAGUUGUGAUAAUAAAUACUCAAGAUGUGUGGUUCAUCUGUCAUGUUGGUAAUAUUGUGUUGUACUGUAUACUAACUGACCUGUUCUUUGAACAGAUUGAUCUGUUCUUUGAAUAUUGUCAAGUUUCCAAACUUUGCCCAUCAGCCAGAUGGUCCAGUACCUGUGUUAUACACAGAUAAUCAUUCAUUAUUAAAAGUAUAUGUAAC